AGGAGCAGAAGUCCGGACCGAGCUAGAACCAGAAGGUAGCACUAGCCUUUCUGUCCGGGUCAGACGGGCAGUAAGUCCACAAGCCAAGCCGUCACGCAGCAGGGAUGGGGGAUCCAGCAGCCCUGGCCGAGGCCAUCAUCCCUCCGGUGACCACGGCGAUUCCAGCCACGCUCGCUGGGGAGGCUGAAGAUGGUACUAAAGCCCAGUCGGCCAAUAAGAAUGGGAAGAAGGCAGACUCUGGAUCCAGCAGCGGUGGCAGCUUCUUCACCUGGUUCAUCGUUCUGGCUCUGCUGGGUGUCUGGACAUCUGUAGCCGUGGUCUACUUCGAUCUGGUCGACUAUCAGGGAGUCCUGGACAAGGCUAAAGGCUUACAAAUUAACCUGUCUGAGGCCUUGCAAGGUAAACUGGUGGCAUACGACACAGAUGGCGAUGGUGAUUUUGAUGUCGAGGAUGCUAAAGUUCUCUUAGGACUGAAAGAGAAGGUCGUCGUCGUCACCUCCCGCCGUGAAGAAGUCUCUGCUCCCGUGGAAACCCCUGAACCGGCCCCUGAAGCGGCUGUUGAGCCUGAAGUUGUGGAAGAAGUCAUCGAAGCUGCUACAGCAGAAGACUCCGCGUCAGCCCCACCAGAGCCUGAACCUGAGGAAGCAGCUGAGCCCGAGGCUGAACCAGAACCUGUGGCUGAACCAGAACCCGAGGCUGAACCAGAACCAGAGCCUGUAGAGACUCCUGAGGUCAUUGAGGAGGACCCAGAGGUGCUAGCAGAGGAACCUCCUGCUGUGGAAGAGGAUGCACCGAUUGAGGAGGCUGCAGAGGAGGCUGCUCCAGUCCAGGAGGAGGCAGUAGCUGAAGAAGUGGCUGAGGAGGCGGCAGCAGAGGAAGCCAUGGAGGAGGAAGCUGCUGCAGAGGAGGAAACGGAGGCAGCUUUUGAGGAGGUGGCCUCAGUUGUGGAAUCUGUGGAAGAGGCCAUAGAAGAAGCAGUUGAGGAGGCAGCUGAAGAGCAAGCUGAAGAAGAGACUGCCCCUGUUGAAGAAGCUGUUGAGACACCAGGAGAUGAAGAGGAGGCUGCUCCUGCAGAAGAGGCUGUAGAGGAGCCCGCUGCCGAAGAGGAGCCCGCUGCCGAAGAGGAGCCCGCUGCCGAAGAGGAGCCCGCUGCCGAAGAGGAGCCCGCUGCUGAAGAAGAGGCUGCCACCGCUGCAGAAGAGGUUGUCGAGGCAGUAGCAGAAGAAAUCGAAGCAGCUCUUUCAGAGGAACCUGCAGAGGAAGAGGCAGCAGCCCCUGAAGAAGUGGUUGAGGAGGUCCAGGAAGAGGAGGCAGCUGCUUCAGAGGAACCUGCUGAGGAAGCAGCAGAAGAAGAAGCUGCUGAAGAGGUAGCACAAGAAGAAGAGGAGGUUACCUCAGAUGAACCUGCAGAGGAGUCGGAUGUACAGGAGGACGCAGCAGCUGAGGAGCCUGCUGAAGAGGAGGAAACAGCAGCAGAGACGGAAGAAGAACAAGAGGUAGAGGAGGCAGCAGAAGAAGUCGCAGAGUUUGUUGAGGAGGUGGAACAGAUUCAGGACGAGCCCACAGAAACGUAGAGGACGUGGCUGUCGUGGUGACGGAGCAGGGACCCACUGAAGUUGCAUCUGCACCAUCUGAGCCUCUCAGAGCGAGGAUGCACCUCUCCAUCUCCUGAGAAACAAGAGUCAUUCUGACAACACUCGCUUCUGUCCCCCCUAUGUUUUCACCUUUCUCUGAACUUUCUGUGGUUUGAAUGAAUGAGAUCAUGGAUGAAAUUGUUUACCAGCCUACUCUUCUUUCGUUAGCCCACCUUUUUUGACCUUUUUGCUCUUUAAAUAGAGCCCCCAUUUUUGUUUUUUUUCUUCCAAAGGGUUAGUGUGACUGCCAAAUUGUCUGAAAUGUGAAUUCUGCUGCAGCCGCGUGUCUGGAACAGCUGUAAUGUAAAAGCAUUGUUGAACUUUAUGUAGAGGUUUUUCAGUGAUGUAGCUGGAGCUCAACUCUGUUAACUGAAGCCAAAGUUCAUACCGGAGCCUACAGUCAGCUGUUUCAGCUCCGUCUCUGUGGGCUGUGUAGGUUCAGAAGCACAAAAAGGGAAUUCUGCUCUCAAUAACUCUCUAGGUUCAAAUAUCCACUGAGGUAGCAACAAGUGUUUGAAAAGGAAACCUCUAGCUUCAUCUUCUUCUACUAUGCAAAGCUGUCCUGAUGUCCUUGGCCCUCCUCACUCCUCCUCAGAUUCACCCGUCAGUGUGUGGAUACUCCAGGAUACCUCGCCACACACUGCCACAGGAUUCAAACCAAGCUGGCGUGUUUGGCGUGUCUGCUGAUGUUUGUUGUGUAGCCCUUUGGUAACCAGUCCCUCUGUGAGCCCUAGAUACCAUGUCCUCCUUUUGGACAGUGUUAAUCUGUUUUUUGUUCUUUGACCUUUACCUCUGUGUGUGUGUGUGUGUGUGUGUGUGUUCUCUAGAUUCCAAGCUGUUAAUUUUUUAAGAGUUUCAGAUACAUGUGACCAUCUAGAACUAUCCGAUAACUCUGAGCUGAAGAUGCUCAGCUCUUCAAACUGUGACGUUAAAGAGGACGCCGUGAACGGACUCUCUUCUAUCAUAGAUGGAUCCAGCUCAACAGCAGAACCGGCCAGAAUAGUUUCACCGCUCUGAUAACAUCUGUAACCCACACAGAGGCUCAGAUAGACUGAUUCCUGUGUGACGCUGAGGUCAGACUGUAUUCUAACAGCCUUCUCAUGCAGCAGUAGGGUGUCAGGGUCCAUCAGUCGAUGGUUUCUGGUCCAGGCUCCCUGACUGAUUCCUCUCGGCCUUGUUCCAUCAAAGUAGAUUUUUGUCCAGCCUUCUGUCUGGGUGUGGUUUGGCCCUGUGUCCUUCAAACAUCAUUACGAUGAUGAUUGGUGGGACAGUCAGGCAUGUCUGACAAACAUUCGCCUCUGAUUACAUAACAGAAAGUCUGACCCCGCCGUAGGAUGACCUGCUUUCCUCUGUUGUGAAACUAUUCUGCCCCUUUCUGCUUAAAUAUGUUGAUGUGUGUUUAAUUUAAGAGGGAAGCUCACAUGUUCCUCUCGGCCCUGCCUGUCUCAGAAUUAGUCUCGGCGUCUUUUUACCCAGGGAUCCGCGGUACGUGGGCUCCUGCAGGCACAUAGAUAAGAGAAGAUCUCCUACACAUCUUUCUGUCACAGGACCCGGACGACAGCUUCCUGUGUUCUUAUAAAGGUGAUGGUAACAUGUGCAGGAUAUCUCUUCUUAGUUUUAAUCACAUAAGUGUAUUUACACACGACACUAACUGUGGAGAACAACCCUGCUGUUGUGAUGCUCAGAAAAAAGCAUUAGUAGGUCUGUCGCCUGCUGCACCAGCUAUGUGCAAGUUCUGUGGUAAUCAAGUCUGAACCCUCUGCAGAAACCAGCGACUUCUGACUCCAGGCGGGUCAUUGUUUGGAGACUCAUAAUGUCCAAACCAACCAAAUAUUGUCCCAUGUAACAUCCUUAGCUGGCGGUUCCUUCCCUGCUGAGCAGCUGGUGGCUGUUCCUGCAGCAGCAGCGUGAAUGUAAGGAGAGGGUGAACUCUCAGAUCCUCACACGGUUCGGUUUGAACUUGUACAUCUCUGGUGCAGCCCUGAGCAGAUCUGAAGGAUUGAUUUUAAAAACACUACAGUUAGAUGGAGGAAACAUUCCUCAUGUUGUAAAAUUCUGUCCUUUGGAAUAACGGUUCCAGUGUUUUCUCUAGCUCUAACAUUCUGUAUCUAGCAGCUGUUUUAGGGAUUGAACAUUCCAGUGCUGUGCAGUAGUCCUUUGUAGAAUGUCUGGUCUGGUUUUUUUCUAUAACGAUAGCUGAUCUUUUCUACUUCUUUACACUUUGUAAGUUGAUGUGAACUGUAAAACCUUUUUAAAUUUAAGAUAACAAUCUUUACCAAGACAGAGGUCUAGAUUUUUAAAAGGAACAUUUUUUUAAAGGACUCUGGCAAAUUAAAAAUAAAGUUUAUUAAAGCUUUUUACAAAGUGGUGAAGUUGGGAGGACGGGCAGGUUUAGGCUGUGCUCUAAAGAAAAAAGCUUCUCCAAGAAUUGAAAUGAGGGAGCAAUAAGAAGAAACCCGCUGAGCAACCCACCGAUACAGAUGUUUAUUUUUUUCUUACUUCGGUUUGUUAAGAAGUCAUUUACAUGCUGGGAAGGGUUGUGAUGAUGAAAUGGACAGUUUUCUCCCAAACAAAGAUGGCAGUGAAUUCAGCAGGAGCCGACCUGCACAGGUAAAACUGCUCAUCUCUGCCUCGCCGUGGCGUCUGCAGAGGGAACGCCGGCCUCUAGAUGCUAUUGAUUAAGUUAUUGUGAAGUAGCCAUGGAUUGUGUGAAGCAGUUAUGAAGUGACAUGAGUUUCUGUUAACAAUCUGUUGCUGCCUGCAAUAAACGGUUUGGGACAACAA